AUGCAAAGGCUAUUAAAGGCCGCCAACGCAUUUGUGAGCCCUCGGGUGUUGCAGGUGUUCAUGGGCGGCGGUAAUCACUCACCAUCGGUCGGCGUGAAACAGACGCGACCGCGUUAUAAGCCUAGCUCCGGCCUCGCCACGCACACUUGCGCCGCGAUGCAUCUCAUUCUUGCGCUGAGUGUCAUAAUUCUGCAACACAUAGACUCUUAUUCAUGUCAGUCAAUCAUAAGAACUCUAGAUGAUCACCAGGCAAAAUCGACAGAAGAUUACGAGUCCUACGAAUUUAAGAACGAAGACAUCGCAGAGCUACUGCAGCCAUUUCUACAACCAGGGCCCAUUGAAAAACAGCAGUUGCAAAAAAACUUAGCAAAAUUAACAAUAGAACCGUACCUACAACAUAAUCAAAUGAAACAACAAUGGCGAAGGAAUCCUUACAAUGGACUAAGUGAGCGUAAGAAAACAAUUGCACCUCUUGCCAUUAUUCUAACAAACUUACCAGAUCUUAAAUUCAAACAAGCCCGUGAUAAAGUCGUAAAGAAAACAGUCGUUAUAAAAAAAGAAGAUGAAAAUAAAUUACUUUCCGGUUCAGAAGACGUAGGUGCGCCUUCUGAUUCCCCUUUAAAGACUAAAUAUGACCCCAUAACAUCCAACAGUGAAAAUCUUAGUUCUGAGGAAAUAAUAGAUAUCGAUACAUCCACAGUGGUAACUAUAAGUUCGGAAACCGAAACCGGUAAUCAGAAUCCUUAUAGUGUUUAUUGGAAUGAUAGUGAAAUAUUAAACUCUGAGUCAAGUGUAACGCCAACAGAAAUGUACACACAACCGGAUGACUUACUUUCAGUCGUAGACGAAGAUACAAGUUAUUUUGAAAAUAACGAAAGAGAUGCCAAGAACGUACGAAACGAAGAAACUUUCAUAUCUAACCAUUAUACAACUGAAGGCAGUUCUAGUGACAAGGCUAAUUUAUUAGAGAUCGAAGAAAUUUCGAAAGAUUACGGGCUUAACGUUAGAGAUUCGGCUAAUGAGGUUAAAAGUCAGAGCCAAGACUACGAAGUGGAGAACGUUGUAAUAAAAAUGUUGUCAGAAGAGCCUAAUGCUUCUACUGAAGAAAAUAAAUUAAAUAGAGAAGAGAAUCUGCAUAACCAGGUUAUAAAAGAGACAGAUAAGGAAAUUUUCAAUCCUAUUCCUGAAAACACAUCCUUUAGAUUGGAAAUCAUUAAAGGUAGUACGGAAACUGUUGAGCACCCGCUAAUCAAAUUAAAUAGAGACCAUAUUGUUGUAGAAUCAAAUGAAGAACAAAGUAAAAAUCAUAAAAAUGAAAACUUAUACGAAAGCCAGGACCAAAUAGUUAUAGAAGUCGAUAACGAAACAAUCAAAGAUGCGAUAGAUAAUGAUGAAAAAACAGUUGAUGAUGACAAAAAAUAUCCACAUAAUUUCCAGGAUCAGAUCGUCAUAGAAGCAGAAGAGGAACCCAGCAAAGAAAAUGCUUACGAAAAUAUGCUCAUUAGUCACCUAAAAAACUCAUAUGGUUCCCAGAGCGAGUUUGCUUUCAAUACCAAAGAAAACCAGAGCAGCGAAGACGCCAUUGAGAACUCCCUCAUGAUGCCUAUUCGUAGCUCUCAUGAGAUACAUACAGAAAAUGAAUCAUGCAACCAUAAUGUGCACGGGCAUCAGUGCGACAUGAAAGCGACAACUCUACCAGGAACAGUGGACGACCACGCGGAAACUCUUGGAGCC